AUGUCUGGGCGCCGUCGUCCAGCGACGCGUCAGACUGAGACCGCUGAGCCAGCGGAGCCGGUCGCGAGACAAACUCGACGAAGCGCUAGACUUACCGAAGCAUCUGUCGAGCCUGAAUCCCGAUCGCAGAUUGAAAUCUCUCGACGUGGUACUGGACGUCGUCGUCGUAAGAGCCUUGAGAGCAGCGCGACAAACGAGGCACCGAAAGACUCUACAGAUAAUGUGAAUUCCGAGCUAGAAAACGACCCAGAAGAUGAACCAGAAGAUCUUGACUUGGCCCCGAUAUCUGAGCUUGCCAUUUCCCAGAAUGACGCAGGAUCCGAGACAGACGAUGUUUAUGAGUCAUUGGAGGUGGACGCUUCUAGAAUUCAAGAUAUGCUCGACUUUGAUAUACCCAAACUCACACGCUGGUCCGGCAACAUGUACAGCGUCCUAUCAUCUAUAGAUAACAAGCAGCCAAGCGCGGAAGAUCGUUCAAGGCCUUCCGUUGACCCAUAUAAAGUGGCUGCCAGUAUAUUCUAUAGCCAGUUCUCGCAUGCUCCUGACGGCUCCCGGGUGGUUGCCAGCCAAGAACAAUACAAACCUUUGGCUGGGAUCAAUAUUAGCGAAAACUCCGACCUCCAUGAAAUCUAUCAAGCUCGCAUUCAGGAGAUUAUCUCUAUUCUUUCUUCCGAUGACAUAUCUAAAGUGGAAUCACGUCUAGAUCAAGAUUGCCCCGAGGAAAAACUCUUUAAUGACCUCAGAUCAUGGGGCCUAGAUAUGUAUAAGCAACUUAAUAGUAUGCCGACAGACCAGGGAAACGUGGAAGCCGCCAAACCAGCAAGAGGAGAAGAUAUGCAUGCACUAGUAAGACGUGAAGAAUCAGAGCCUCUUUUCGUCAAUAACAAUGAAGAGACUAGAGGAGACUCUGACUCUGAAUCAGACACAGACGUUACAGGAUAUGAUAAACUGCCAACCCAAGAAUCUAAUCGGAAUUUCAUUAAUAGUUCCGCCAUCCUGGCCGCCGUGAGGCGGAGCGAGAAUCAGCGUGUAUCAAGUUCUAUAUCGGUACCGCCUCCUAAUCAACAAGCGAUAGAGGGUAAUGGGCAUAGAUCCAAUAUCAGAGACGCAAUCCGUGGCUUAGAUCCUAGCCAGGUAAUUAGUCGUAGGAGGAAACGCCCAGCUCCUAGUGAAGAUGAUGCUAGCGAAGGCGAUGAUGACUUUGAAGUAAAUACACAACUUUUUAACGAAUCCAGGCGGUCUCGUAACGAAGAUGCAACUGUUCAAAGACCGCCUUCUGAACGCCCCCGAACCUUGGAACAACCUCGGAUUGUGCGUCGCCAGCAAGUUACUAAGGAGCGGCCGCGGAGCGACAUAUCUGAAGAUCUUAAUUUACAGGAACGAGAUAUUGUCAGGUUAACUCAGGAGGCCCGAGAUGCUCGACGUGCGACCUAUGUGAACAGGGCCAAGCCCCGGCAAAUUCGCGUAGCGUGGUCCUUCUCUGAUACCUCCAAACUCUUGGACCUAAUCGCUGAUCAAUCCGUAAAUUGUUCAUGGAGCACCAUUGCGAGAAUAGGCGAUUUCGAAACCCCACGAAACCAGCAACAAGUACGUGAUAAGGCCCGUGGUUUGAAAGUUUUGUAUCUAGAAGGUGACCAGGUUUUGCCACUGGGUUUCGAUCAAGUUGUUCUAGGCCAGAAAGAAAAGGCUGCAGUCAUCAGGUGUGGCAAGAACCCUGAUCGGCAAGAAGACGACCUAAAUGAAUAUGGCGAAAUUACCAAUAAUAUAUGGAUUGGUUGA